AGGUAGGCGUAGUUCAAGCAGAGGUAAGAGAAAAAACAACCGCUAUAGUACUAGGUAAACUAACCGACAAGAACCGAGAAGUCUUUAUGUCCCUACUUCCAACGGUUACGAACGCCCGGAAGGCCGGCGCGGACCUGCAGAGCUUGCGGCAAAUUGUGGAAAAGUUGGAAGCCUUCAAGUCCGUAGACGAUGCGGACGACGUGGCUGAGUUCGCGAAGGCCAAGGAGGCGGAACUCUCCUCCGCGGCUCGCAGUGUCGAGGCCUUGGACGCCGAAGACAAAGCGGCAUCGACGUCGCAGGAAUUCCUGCCCCAGCUGGUAGCGGUGACCAACGACUUCAGAACGAAGACGGGCGAGCUGUGCGAAAAACUGCUGAAACGAAACCUGAUGCCGGUGCUGCUGACGCCGUUUUCGAGCUCCAAGACGGAGGAGGAGAUUCGUGCGAUGCUGUAUCCUGAGUAAAAACGUCCUCACACCAGAGUCAAGAUGUUGAUGGGAAAUCUGCUAGACAAAUCAGCCUGCUUUGGUUGGUUCGCGUGACAAAUUUAUUGUCUUCGUAUUGUAUAAUUAUACCUAUACUAUAGGUAGUUCAGCAGCAUCACAGAUCUAGCACAUCAUGCUGAUUCGAGCAUCACAAAUUCCAAAAAACGACGAGGAAAUGCGUCUCACGGGGCUCCGCUUGAGAAUUUUUUUUGGCAUGCAGAUUUGCAUGACAGCUCUGGGCGGGUGGAGACGUUUUAACACAGGAUAUGCUGCUAGACACGGAGAACGGCGUCACCCGAACCAUGAUCGAAAAGGGCUACAAGCACAUGCCGAAAGUAUGACAGUGCACAACCCCCCCUCCCCCUCGUUUGUGUAGUGUAAACGGCAUUACAAGCGGCCAUCAGCAAGAAUGCCGGUUUUGCAUGACAAAUUUGCACUGGAGUGUAGUGCUAUUUGGGCUACCAGAGCUUGUCAUGCAAACAGUGCCAAGAGGUAGAGGGUGGAUUGGGUAUUUUGCAUGACAGAUGAGGGGGAGGGGGAGUUGUGCACUCUCAUAGAAAGGCAGCCGUCCGCACAAGGACACGGUGCUGGACCUGUUGGAGGACUUUGAGGCGGUCUACGAACUCUUCAAGCGUCUUAUUACAAUAAAAAAUGCCCCCACCCCCGAACUUGGGAGCAUUUGUAUUGCAAACCUUUCCAAAAGAAACAUUCGCCCUCUUGCACCUAGCAGCAUCACAGAUUUCCAAUCGUGAAUAGCAAAAAUUUGUAUUGCAAAAGAUCCCAGCAAGAGCGGCGCUUGUCAUGCAAGCGAUGCGAUAUACGACUUUACUCUGCAUCAGAAAGAUUCAUACUUCUUUCAUGCAUGACAAAAAGUUUUCAUCUGGAAACUUAGCAUGACAAAUUCUUACAACUGUGGGGGUGGGGGCAUUUUUCACUGUAAUACGUCUGCGCAAGUUCCAGGAGCGGUUUCAGGUCGCGCACGAAAAGGCCCGCGCGGCGCAAUCGCACAGGGAGGACUGGCAGCGGUAGAAUAAAGUUCUGUACUUUUUAUUUUACCCGUUCUGUUUGUUCUUGUUCCCCCUCGAAGAGAGAAAAUUAGUAGCGCAAGUAGAGCUCCUCCUGCAAGAGCGCCGGCACUUGCAUUUUUGCCUGCAAGCACACGACACGCAAGAACGGAGGUGUGUGGAAUAUUCAAUCAGAAAAUUUAAUAUUUUGACCACAAUAUCGAUGAAUCAGGCGUCAAGAAGCGAAGGUGCAAAAAAGCAAGGACCGACAUGUAUCCCGUGCAAGAAUAGAGACUCCAGGACUUCUUCCCCAGGACGCGAUUUUUGCUUGCGUACUCAUCUUCUGCAAGCACAUUCAUCAUCUACUUCCGAAACUCCUGCACUGGUAGAUUCCACAUCUGCUCAGUUUGGCGAAAUUUUCGUGCGUGACUACUACGUCGGCGACGUCCGAGAUUGAUUUUUGCAUAAAAAAGUCACGCUGAUUUUUUAGUACUACUUACACUGCCAGUUCCGUGACUGGGGAAGAACAGCCGGAGUUAAGUACUUUUCCUCUCCAGAUCCGGAGCAGCGGGAAGCGAGGAAGAAGGCUGGUGCGGUCGGCGGGACAGCCCCCGCCUCCCCCGUCUCCACGAGCCGGCCGCGAUCGCAGUCACCCCAUGACGUGGUCCUGAAGGCCCACGGGGCGAAAAAAACGGAGACGCUGAAAGGGCACACGAUAGAGCGGGUGCCCAACCAAGGCGUCACGACAACGGAGCACUACAAGGACCUACCGUUGUACGGGUUCACAUCCACGCGGGACUCCCGGACCGACCUGUUGGACUCUGGUGUGGCGUCGGGCGUCGCAUCGGGCAUGAUGUCCUCCAACAUUUUGGAGAGCGGUUUUCUAGAAGCGGACGCAGCUGUGGUUCCCACGACCGAGUUGGAAAUAAGCGGCAACGAGUUCUUGGUUGCGCGGACAGCGAAAGAGGGCGAUGGAGCAGUAGCUGCUGAAGUAGAAGAUGUUGGCGAUCCUACCCGCUGUGGAAACUAAUUUCCACACGACCCCGGAGUCAAGAUAGCAAUUUUUCUAGACAAAUCGAAGAGGGUUUUUUUGAAAAUAUCAUGUUGCGCAUGAAAAUUUUGGGAUCGUAGUGUAAAAAUGCGAUCCUCAGCUAGUUGUGCAGCCGCGACAUCACAAAUUAAUGAUCUCUUUAAUUCUAUCUAGUUCUAGUGAUUUAAAAUCACUUUAUACUUAGCGUGACAAAUUCCAGGACUCCCCUAGGAAACGCUUCCCAAGAAGAUGCAUUUGGCUGCGCAUGAGAGACAUAUUUAGUGGUGCACUGUUGUAUGACACAACCCUGGGGUCGUGGGUGCGUUUUUACACAGGAUAGAAGAGCACACAGCUUCUUCAUCCUCGCCGGCUUUUCAAACAAGCAAGACAGACGCUGUGAAUCAACCAAGCAAAGCGCUGUUGUCCGAGGGGUCGUUCCGUAACCUGCCCACGAUCCGCGCGGGAAGCGGUCGCGGUUCCGACGCGGAGCGAGCACUCCUCGCGGACCAGGAUGGGGGCACAACGUCGACCGCGCCCCUAGUCUACGAGGGCGUGCUCUCGGACGGGGAGGUAGUUAAGAAUACUACUGGAGCAUCCGGGAACGCAACGCCGAGUUUAAGCGGUUUCCUGGCCGGAUCCAGCACCAGCGGCUACAACAACGCCGCGGAUAAUUAUUUGCACGGCAACCUAUGCAUUGCAAAUAAAACAAAUCGCACUAGUACAGAUUGCAUUACAAAUUGUUCCAACUUGAAAGAUGGGGUAGGGUCGUGGUGAGAAAGAAGAUUUGUCAUGCAUAAAAAUUGCAAGAAUUGCUACGAGUGCGAUAAUAUCGCUUUUGCACAGGAUCAUGCCACGGCUACAGUGGCUAUUACGACAACAAGCCGGGCGUCGCGGUCCACUUGUCCGUGGUGUGGCGCAACACGCGGGCCGAGCGGCAGGAGCGGCGCAGGGCCGAGGAGGCGCGCAAAGCUGCCCGGCGACGGUCGCUGGACGAUCUCCUGCACGCGGCCCGCGGCCAGUACGGUGCCGGCGUGGCGACGGCUCUGGAAACCAGCUACGGCGGCGGGGCCAAUGCGACCGUGGUGCCGGACUGGUUAAAGCAGCGCCGGCAGGACGACCAGGAGGCGCGGGCGCUGAUGCGGCGCGAGCGGGAGGGCGAGACUGCUCCGCCGGCGUACCAAGUAGAACGCCCGUUGUUUUCCUACUACCAGGAACAAGAUGAUGUAGAAGGCAUGGCACCAGAGGCCUACUUCGAGCAGGACGACACCCGGUCCGUCUCGUCCUCGGCGAGAGCAGGACGGCGACCCCCCGGCCGCUCCACGUCAUCGGGGUCGUCUUCGACUUCCUCGUUUUCCGCGGCCGCGAGCGAGCGGCUCGCCCGGUGGAAGCGCCAAGGUCCGCUGAAUCUCGUCGCCGCUUUUCUGUCGCCGGGGUUUCACCGCGGGUCCAAUCCCUCGUCUUCGAAAGAACCCGAGUCGCAAAGCAACAAAGCCUCAUCCUCUUCUAUCGUAAAGAAAAAUCCCCCCUCCCCAUAUUGAAAAGGCAUGUUUCCGAAAAUUUGUGUUGCUGAUUUGAGGUUACAAAUCACAUUUAUGUUGCAAGAAGACAAGGGCAGAUGCUUCCGCCCCAUUAUGGAGGCGAUUUGUCAUGCUGUUGGGCCUAAAGCGGAGCCGUUUGCCAUGCUGAACAACUAGAGCCCAACGCCUCCACCUAGGCUGGGAAUCUGGCCGCAAUGCCUUCCAGCAAUACAAAGCUGAUUUGUCUACACAAAUCCAGCAUCAGAAAUUCCGUUUUGAUAUGGGGAGGGGGGUUUUUUCCUUUCGAUAUCUUCCUCUUCCUCGGGCAAAAUGUCCUCAUCCGUCUCGGAGGAGGAGAAGUAUCAGGACUCCCUACCGGUGAGGCAGCGGAAACAAGUAUUAAAUCUGAAUAAACAGAAGAAGCUUGUUCCGGCAGCUUCGAAAGAAGAGGGGUCCGCCGAGGAAGAGGCCUACGACUACGAUUUGACCAUGGCUGGGGGAUACGAAGAUGAUGCACGAGCUACAGCAGGCGAUGAGCAGCAAAACGACCUUCAGGGAACGCAAGACGGAACCGCUGGUGCCGCGGCUUCGUUCGCGAGCCGUUCGCCGAUGUUUCAGCAGGUAGUGCAGUACUACUCAACCGUACUCGCGUAUCCUGAGAAAAAACUGUUUUACGGUGAACCUGUGAUGCAGAAAAUAUAACACAAAACUAUUUGUCUUGCUACACAUGCAAGGCAUUGGAUUUUCCAGCGUGUUUUCCCUUGGGAAGUGCGCAUGAGAAAUUUUUAGUAGCAUGUGUAACAAACUUGUGAUGCAGAUCUUGCAAAAUCAUCACAGUGAAACAGUUUUUUCGUGGGAUAUCGCGCAAGCGCAGAAAUCCAACCGGAACCAGAAAACGUACGGAAUCAUUCUCUGCGUUGUGAUAUCAAAUGUAAAAAUGUCUGGGUCUGGAAGAAUGCAUGUUUGUCAUGCUUGUCUGGCAUGA